AUGCCCUUCAUUCAGCCGCCCGUCACACCGCUGCCUGACGGCAUAAGCCUACGCGGUCAGACAGCCAUCGUCACCGGCGCCAGCCAGGGUAUAGGAGCAGAAAUCGCGGCGCAGCUGCUGGAGCGCGAGGCAUCCACCGUCAUCCUCGCCGUUCGCAAUGUGGCCAAAGGCGAGACCGCACGGCAAUCGCUGCUUGCCCGUGAUACCAUCAAGAAGGCAAACCCCAAGGCCGUGGUCAAGGUCAUGAAGCUGGACACUGAGGAUUACGAUAGCGUCCAAAGCUUCACAAAGACUUUCCUUGCCGAGCACUCGGAGCUACAUCUGCUUCUGCUGAACGCCGGCAUCGGCACUCUCAAGCGUGAGCUGACGCGUACCGGCCACGAGAAGAACGUCCAGGUCAACUAUCUCUCCAAUGUGUUGCUGAUGCUGGAGUUGCUUCCCGUACUAGAAGAUACGGCGGACAAGACGGGCAAACCCUCGCGCGUUACCUGGACCGGCAGCCGCAUGCACGGCAGCAGCGCCCUGGCCAAGGGGAAGGUGCCCCUCAAGCCUGGCGAGACGGUGCUCGGCCAUUUCGACAGUGAGGAGAGCUUCGUCGCCUUUUCUCGCUACGGCGACAGCAAGCUGCUCUGCUUACUGUUCCUGUUCGAGCUGCGGGAACACUUGUCCAGCGACAAAGUCAUUGUGAACAGUUUCUGCCCUGGCCAGGUGGCUACAGGAAUGAGCGACGUACUGCCCAUCUAUCUUCGUCUUCCCGUGAACCUCAUCAAGGCAAUUCGGGCGCGAUCCAUUGAGACGGCGGGCUGGAUUGCGCUCAAUGCGGCGGUUGUGGUCGGUCCAGAGAGUCACUGCCAGUUUAUUGUUGAUAAGGAAAUCGCAGAGCCUGCCGCCUAUGUCAAGUCUGCAGACGGCCAGAAAGUGCAGAAGAUGUUGUGGAACGAGACGGUGGACGAGAUGUCGAAACUGAUCACGAUUCCGGCAUGGAUGAGUAAGGCGUGA